AUGAGAGAGAUUAUUGCUAGUGGAAUUAUGGUGCAUGAGCGACCAUUUAGCAUCGUAGAUGAUGACAUGUUCCUGUGGGCUUUUGAAUAUGCAAAUCCAAAUUUUAGAAGAGUCAGUCGUAAAACAGCAAGAAGUGAUUGUUUGCAAUUGUAUGAAGCUGAAAAGAAUACUUUGAAAAAGAUUUUGAAUAAUGUGAGUAAGGUUAGCAUUACAACAGACAUGUGGAAGUCACAUCACCAAGUCGUUGAGUACAUGGUUGUGACAGGUCAUUUUGUUGAUGCAAGUUUGAACCUUCAGAAGAGAGUUUUGAAUUUUGUCAAAGUGCCUCCUCCUCGACGAGGAACAGAUAUAGCAAAUGCUAUUUUCAAGUGUUUGAGAGGAUGGGGCAUUGAGAAUAAAAUAUUCUCAGUAACUGUUGACAAUGCAUCUUACAAUGACUCUUAUGUUAGAAGUUUGAAAGAAAACAUGUCAUUGAGCAGUAAGUUAGUACUUGAUGGUCAACUUUUUCAUGUUAGAUGUUGUGCUCACAUUCUGAAUUUGUUGGUGCAAGAUGGCCUUAACACUAUUAAAGAUGUCAUUCACAAUGUUCGUGAAAGUGUGAAAUUUAUAAAUUCUUCAGAUGCAAGGCUAAAGUCAUUCCAUGAAGUUAUUGAAUUAAAAGGAUUGAAAGAAAGGAAACUUAUUCUUGAUUGUCCAACAAGAUGGAACUCCACAUUCUUGAUGUUGUGUACUGCAAGUAAAUUUAAGCAUGCAUUUUCAGAUUACAAUGAAAAAGAGCCACAUUAUAAGUAUGCACCAUCAUUUGAGGAUUGGGACAAGAUUGAGAAGGUUUGUAAACUUUUGGACGUUUUUAAUGAUGCCACUCAUGUCAUCUCAGGUAGUGAUUACCCUACUUCUAACUUGUAUCUUGCUGAAAUUCAAAGGGUGAAAAAGGUUAUUGAUAAUGCAGCUGAGUGUUUUGACAUAUCCAAGGAUGAAAUUAAAUGGUAUUAA